GACGGGGACGGUUCUUCUCUGAUAAUAACAUCGUCACCGGCGGACGGACCAGCACCUUUUCUUUCAUCUUCUUCCUUGUCCAGAUCUGAUACGAUUCGAAUUUACCAGUUCGGCGAUGAAAUGUCGGCGUCGUACGAGAAUGUAGUGCGAGGAAAGCUACGGCUGAAAGGGAAGCCAUUGCUUCUGAAAGAUGGUGGAAUUGUGAAGAAGAAAAAGAAGCGAAACAGCAACAAGCAUCUGUAUCACCAAGAUUCCUCCACAUCAGGCACAGAACUUGUUACGGCCGGUCAAGCUGAAGGCGGUACAGAGAGAGGAGAAGCAGAAGGUGAAUCCCUGUAUCUGACACCAGCCGAGAGGCGGUAUCUGCAGCAAUGGGAGAAGCUGGAUGGGCAGAGGAUGGCUAAGAUGGCAAGCAAAUCACACCGCGACCGGAUUCACGAGUUCAACCAGUAUCUUGCCAAUCUCACUGAACAUUACGAAAUUCCUAAAGUUGGCCCUGGCUAA